ACAUCUCAUGUGUUGUGUUGUGGGAGUUUGGCACAGUUUCUCUUGGAUAGUUAUUUAUCUUUCCAUAUUCCUGUGACAUACCGAUAAACUCCUCCGUUAUGUCCGGUGGUCCCAGCCUUCCCUCGGCGGAGGUAGAUCUGGGCUUCCUGGAGGAGGCGGAGCCGUGGCGGCUUCUGUCCCCGCAGUUCCCCAGUAAAGUCGGGGGGAAACCGGCGUGGCUCAGCCAGACAGGCCCGCCCUCACUGCCCGGGCUGGAGUGCGAGAUAUGCCGCCUGCCUAUGGCCUUCCUGCUGCAGGUCUACGCACCCAUUUCUGGUCAGGACAGAAGUUUCCACAGAACGCUCUUUCUGUUCUGCUGUAAGACUCGUGAGUGCUACACAUGCAACGACAGCCGCUGUGUGAAAGUUUUCAGGUGCCAGCUGCCUCGGAGGAAUGAGUUCUACCCCUACGAUCCUCCAGCAGAGGAUGAACCCCCCAGCGAUCCUGAACGGGACCAGAGUGUUUUGUCCGUCCCUGGAAUUAAACUAUGCUGGGUGUGCGGUUGUCCCGGCAGCAAAGCCUGCUCCCGCUGUCACACUGUAAGCUACUGUGGAAAACACCACCAGACCCUCCACUGGAAGCACACACACAAGAGGGAGUGUUGCAGUCAAGAAGCGUCCGUUGUCACAACUUCAACCUUCCUCUUCCCUGAGUCUGAGCUGGUCAUUGAACCUGAGGAGGAGAAAGACACAAAGGACACUGAAGAAGAAGAAGAAGAAGAAGAGAAAGGGAUUGAAGAUUGUCCCUCCUUAGCAGACGCCCUGGCAGAGACGGACCUGGAGGAGAUGGCUUUGCACGAGACUGAAGACAACAAAGUGUUCCAGCGGUUUAAAAAGAGGAUUGCACCAGAACCACACCAGGUGGUGCGUUACAGUCGAGGGGGCUCCCCCUUGUGGGUCUCUUCUCAGCACAUCCCUUCAGAUCAGGAUAUCCCAGCAUGCACCUGUGGUGCCAAGAGGACUUUUGAGUUUCAGGUGAUGCCACAGCUGUUGAACAGUCUGUGUGUGGACUCGACAGGAGCCAGUAUCGACUGGGGGACACUAGCUGUCUAUACGUGCUCUGCCAGCUGUAACCAUGAGGACCAGUACUGCUCCGAGUUCAUCUGGAAACAGGACUUCAGCUCAGAUCACAGAUGAAACCCACAUAAUAUCUUCCUGCUGCUGGACAGAGUUCAGGUCACACUGAUGCACGUGAACAGCUCAGCAGACACUGGUUUUCACAAUUGUAGUGAAGUCACUCACCAGUUAGUAGACUGGACACAUGCUGCUGCUCGUCUAACGGAUGAUACACAGGCCAAAUUAAAAUCAGUGUGUAGUUAAGCUGACCGAGAGAGGAAGUUAAUCUAUUAAAGGACAAUGAAGAUGUUUUGGAGGGCAGACAUUCACCAUCUGUAUUAAUUGUUCUAUUAAGUUGAAACAGGAAUUCUAGUUCUGGUUUCUCACCACUUACAAAUAUUUACUUUUAAGUCUGUCUGUUAAGAACAAUGUUUGAGUGGUAUUUCUGACCCGUGUGGUGAGUGGGUUACGUCCAUUUUCAGUGCUACAUACCAUUUAUAUAGUAGGUCUAUUGAAGCAGAUGGUCAUCAGGACAAAUACAAUAUCACCAUGUGCCUGGACAAGUUCAUCUGCUUUACAGCAUUUUUCUGAGAGUUUGAGACAGAAAAUGUACCGUUAAAAUAUCUAAAUACAACCUGUCAAUUAUAUCUUCACAUUUAAUCUCAUUGGUCACAGUGAGUGUAACAAAGUUUAGUUAUAAGGCUCUAUAAAUGUUACUGAAUAUCAAUACCUUUCCAGCAAAUACUGAAAUAAAGGGUCUCAAUGCAAUAUGUGCAGUGUCGCAAGUCUAAAUUGUCACAUGACCUGAGCCGUUGACUUCCUGGUUGCACCAUGAGAAGAGGAAGGCUGCAUCAAAGCUCCCAAACAAAAGUUAAUAAAGUAUGUGAAUAAGGUGAAGAGUAUUGAUAGAUGCAAUUACUUAACCUUGUUCAGUGUGGUCAUGGAACGAGCGAACAUGUAACGGCAACACAUCACGUAGCAGCAACUCAAUGUAUUUAGGCCGGGCAU